AUGGCUCUCCUGCACAGAUCCUGGCAAGCUAGAGGCGCUGUCCGCCGUUGCUGUGGCCUGCCUGUCUCCCACCACCGCUCCUUUUCAGGACGAGAGAAGCUCCUCCGGGUAUCUGAGGAAGUCCAAGACGCUCUCGCUACGGGCAAACCCGUCGUUGCGUUGGAGACAACUAUCUACACCCACGGGUUUCCGUAUCCCGAGAAUGUCGCGUUAUCCUCUCACCUCGAGUCCUUGGUCCGGGUCAACGGCGGUGUACCUGCUACGAUCGGCAUCCUCAACGGCGUUGCGCGAGUCGGCAUGCAAGCAGAAGAAUUGAUUGAGCUUGUGUCUAGUGCUGGUAGCGAGAAUACUUGGAAGAUCUCUAGACGAGACCUGGGCUUCAUCGGUGGUCUCGGCCUUCGAGGCCAGAAACUCAACGGCGGAACUACAAUCGCGGGAACCAUGGUGCUCGCACAUCUUGCAGGAAUCAAGAUCUUCGCUACUGGUGGCCUCGGAGGAGUUCAUCGAGGUGGUGAAAACUCCAUGGACAUCUCAGCAGACUUGACAGAGUUGGGCCGAACUCCCGUCGCUGUGAUCAGUUCUGGGAGUAAAUCGUUCCUUGACAUACCACGCACUCUGGAAUACCUCGAGACACAAGGAGUGGGCGUCGGGACAUUCGCAGAUGGCAGAACUGGCAAAGUCGACUUCCCGGCAUUCUUUUGUCGAGAUAGUGGUGUCAGAAGCCCCCAGACUAUCCUUGAUGAAGCCGAUGCAGCUGCCAUUAUCUAUGCGCAGUUUCAACUCCCAGUCCAUUCUGGUUUGCUGUUUGCCAAUCCUGUUCCCGAACACUCCGCCAUGGAGAAGGAGCAAAUCGAUUCCAUAAUUUCUCAAGCUGUUACUGAAGCUGAAGAGAAGGGUAUUGGAGGGAAUGCUAAUACACCAUACAUAUUGAAGCGCAUCAGGGAACUGAGUCAAGGAGCCAGUGUCAAGGCAAACGAAGCUCUCAUCGACGCGAAUGUAGUUCGAGGAACCAAGAUUGCUGUCGAACUAGCUAAGCUUGAACGACGGGAUGGUGCUGCACCUCAGCGGGAUAACGCGAUUUCCACACAUUCUGCCGCUGCCUCAAGAAAAUCUACCGCAAAGCACGACUCUGCAAACAUUGACAGUAAGACCAGCCAUCAAAACGAGUCGAUUGAUGUCCUGGUAGCUGGAUCCCUCGCCAGCGACACGAUCUGUGACCAUCAACCGUUUCAAGGCAUUCAUUCCUCAACUUCACCUACUUUGCAUACCUCGAAUCCUUCCCACAUAUCUCAGUCGGCAGGUGGUGUCGGUCGCAACGUAGCUAUGUCAGCACACUUUGCAGGCGCCAAAGUCGCGUUAGCAAGCGUCGUCGCCGAUGAUUUGGCGGGAUCAUCGCUCCUCGCCCAUAUCAAGGAGAGUGGGUUGACAACCACAAACAUCCGAACACUUUCUACUGCAGACGGUGCCCGAACAGCGCAAUACGUGGCAGUAAAUGACACCAGCAAAGAUUUGGUACUCGCCAUGGCAGAUAUGGAUAUAUUAGCACGACCAGAGAUGGAGUCGCUAGACUACUGGACGACCAUUUUGAACCGCAAUAAGCCCAAGUGGGUGGUCACAGAUGCAAAUUGGUCUCCAGAGAUUUUGUCAUCAAUAUUCCAAGCUGCCAAAGCUCAGAAGGCUAUGAUAGCUUUUGAACCCGUCUCCACGGCGAAGGCUGCCCGUCUCUUUAGCAAAGCCAACAACAUCAUGGUGCAGGCUGGCGUCGUACCGAAUCAUGUCAUCAGUCUAGCAUCGCCGAACAGUAUGGAACUCAAAGCGAUCUAUGAUGCCGCCACGGAUGCAAUGAUGUUUGAGUCGGAGCAGUGGUGGAAGGUGAUUGAUGGGUUUGGUCUCUCUGGCACAGCAUCACGAGACCGACUUGUCUCUGUUGCUGGAGCUGAACUAGUCAACGAUGGGAUCCCACAGCAAUGUAUACAACUUCUACCCUUCAUCCCGAAUUUGGUUACCAAGUUAGGACGUCAUGGCUGCCUCUUGGUCAGCCUGCUAAGGCGUACAGAUGAGCGCCUGACGCGCCCGGAGUAUGCGCCCUACAUCCUGUCCAGAAACAUGUCCGAAGACUCUGAAAUUGGCGGUGUGUUCAUGCGAUUGAUCCCACCCGCUGAAAAAGUGAGACAAGAGGAGAUUGUGUCGGUCAAUGGUAUCGGUGACACCAUGCUGGGAGUCAUUGUCGCGGGGCUGGGGAAAGGCUACACACUUGAAGAAGUGAUUCCCGUUGCUCAGGAAGCGGCAGUCUUGACGCUGAAAUCGGCAGAAGCCGUGUCACCUGAAGUCACAAGCAUACAAGCGAGGCUCAAAUAA